GACCCCCAGGGCCCAGUGCGGGGUGAUAUGAAGGGAGGGCAUAUAAACGGUCAGCCACAAACAAGGGGCCACAGUCUAGCUGCCUGAGGACUGUCGCACGCACAUCCAGCAAGGAAAGAUGAGUCCUCAGAUACUUUUCUGCGUCCUUCUGGCUGUUUCUGCCGUCCAUUCUUUCCAGUACACGGAGCUGGCCCAGCACGUUGACGACCACCAAGAAGAUUAUGUGGAGAUUUUAAGGGACUGGGUCUCAGUUGAAAGCGAUUCCAGCAACGUCCUGAAGAGACCGGACCUGCACCAAAUGAUGGAGAUGACGGCCCAGAAGCUGAGGUCGAUGGGAGGGACCGUGGAAUUAGUGGACAUUGGAGAACAAGAGCUUCUUGACGGACAGAUGUUGGCAUUGCCUAAAGUAGUGACAGCUCAUUUUGGCAGCGACCCUAACAAGCACACAGUGUGUGUCUACGGUCAUGUGGACGUCCAGCCAGCAAAGCUGGAGGAUGGCUGGGCAACAGACCCGUACAAUCUGACUGAAAUAAAUGGCAAUCUCUAUGGAAGAGGAGCGUCAGACAACAAGGCUCCAGUUUUAGCCUGGAUUCAUGCUGUAGAGGCCUACCAAGCCCUCAACAUGGAGCUGCCGGUGAAUGUGAAGUUUGUCAUUGAGGGCAUGGAGGAGACUGGCUCCAACGGCCUGGACGCCAUGAUCCUGGCCCAGAGAGACACCUUCUUCUCCGACGUCGAUUACAUCAUCAUCUCAGACUGCGGCUGGCUCAGCAGGCGUCCCGCCCUUACCUACGGCACCAGAGGCAACUGCUACUUCUUUGCAGAGGUUGAAGGACCGAAACAGGACUUACACUCCGGCGUGUACGGAGGCACUGUGAUUGAACCGAUGACUGACCUCAUUGGCAUUCUUGACACACUGAUCAGUCCCAGUGGAAAGAUCCUGAUUCCUGGGAUCAGAGAGGCUGUGGCUCCCCUCUCAGACGAUGAAUGGAAAAUGUACCAGGACAUCGAGUUUGACAUGGAACACUACAAGACCAAGAUCGGCGUCAGCCAGCUCAUGUACAGCAACAAGGUGGACUUGUUGGCUCACAUGUGGCGCUACCCCACUGUCACCAUCCAUGGCAUUGAGGGGGGCUUCUCAGACCCUGGCACCAAGACCGUCAUCCCUGCUAAGGUUACCGCAAAGUUCUCAAUCCGACAAGUCCCAGACAUGGACCCUGCUAUGGUCAAGAAACAGGUAACGGAGUACCUUCACUCUGUGUUUGCCAAGAGGAAGAGUCCCAACAAGCUGAAAGUCACUAUGGUGAUUGGGGCUAAACCUUGGCUGGCUAGUACAGAGCAUCCUCUCUAUGAGGCUGGAAAGGCUGCGGUCAAGAAAGUUUUCAACAUGGAUCCUGAUCUGAUCCGUGAGGGCGGGACCAUCCCUAUUGCCAAAACCUUCCAGGAUGUGACGGGAAAAAGCAUCAUCAUGAUGCCCAUCGGAGGCUUCGAUGAUGGGCUGCACUCCCAGAAUGAGAAGAUGAGCAGGUACAACUACAUUGAGGGAACCAAGUUAUUCAUUGCCUACCUGAAUGAAGUGUCCAAGAUCAACAACACCAGUGUGUGAUGUUUGGUGGCAUGCUCAUGUGACCUCUUCAACAACCACUCAAGCUUCAGCUGUUUUCAAUGUAUCUAUCUAUCUAGACAUUGUGAUUCAGUGUUACGACAGUGUUAUGUCAGUACUGUAAGUGCGCGUGUAUUACGUAUGUGUCAUGUAGUAAAAGUUAUAUGAUGCA